AUGUCACACCAGCCAUCAGCCUCCUACAAUGUGGGCUAUUCUUCGACUUAUCAAACCACCGCAGCCGGACGCAAGCGCAACCAUCAAGAGCAUCAGAUGCAGCCAGAAUUGCCUCCCUUAGAGCAACAUUUGAACCCUUACGGACAAGCAACAGGAAGCGUCUCACUUGCUCAUCCUUCGCAGCAGGGUUACUCCCUUCACCAGUAUCCGCUACCUCCGCAAGCCCCACAACAGCAGCACACUUUACCUCCAACACAUCACCACCAUCUUCCCAACACCCAUCGCAGCAAGAGACAGCAGAUGGAGGGUGCGCCGCCCUCUCCCACCCCGCAUCAGGGACCUCCCAGCGUCGUCGGCGCCCAGGGCAUGCCUGCACCCGCACCAAGACCCCGCGGCCCGAAACUCAAGUUCACGCCCGAAGACGACCAACUGCUAGUCGACUUGAAAGAGAAGAAGAACUUGACUUGGAAGCAAAUCGCCGACUUCUUCCCGGGUCGCAGCUCCGGAACUCUGCAGGUCGUGAAACUGCGCACCUCGAUGCAGGAAUACGAAAACGACAAAUGGCGCAUCAUUUCGUCGAAAGUCGGUGCUGGCUUUUCGCCAGCCGCGUGCAAAGAUAAAGUGGAGGAGUUGAGAGCAAUCGAGACAGAGCAGGAGGAGGAAUGCGAACGCCAGCAGCAGCAGAGCGUGUACGUUCAGAGUGAGAUGCCUGGGGGCCAAAGCGAUCCGAGCGCAAGCUACCAAUGA